AUGACCGUCAUCCACGUUGUCCAGUUCCAGUUCAAGGAGCUGAUUCCAGCGGAGGAGGUCAAGACGAUGUGCGAUUCCAUGUUGGCGCUCAAGGAGAAUUGUAUCCACCCGACGUCUAGCAAGUCGUACAUCAAGUCUCUGGUCGGCGGCCUCGACUGUAGCCCCGAGGGUCUGCAGGACGGCAUCACGCACAUUUUUGUGGCCGAGUUCGAGAGCGUUGAGGACCGCGAUUAUUACCUCCACAAGGACCCUGCGCACCAGGCGUUUAUGAAGCAGGUUGGGUCGGCUAUUAUCAAGGCGAGGGUCACUGAUUUUAAGCCGGGCGUUUUUUGA